AGAAGAAGCGCCAUCCAAUCCCCCACCAAAAUUAAUGCGGGAACGAUUUCCUUAGGGUUUCUCUAAACCUCGUCCACGUCCCCAACAAUGGUUACCGCAGUGGGAAAUUCCGCACUCGGAAUGUCUCUGGCCAUUCGGUUUCGCUUCGUCUCUUACUUGAUUCCGCAGUCAGCGGUCAAGAAUGAGUUGGGAGUUUCUUGUCAGAAGGUCCGGUGUUAUACAGGUGGCUCUUCAGGUCCUGUUAGAUACAUUCCCAAGAAGAAAUCCUCCCCCAAGAGAAAUGAAGAGGUGAAGAAGAAUGAUGAUUCGAAGAAUGCAUUUGACGGGAAGUUCGAAGGUGUGGAGAGUAACUUUUACUCGGAUGAGAAGAAUCGUAGCCGAAAGCAAACGCAGAGAAGAUUGCCCACUGCACAUCAAUGCAAGGUCGAUCGCAGUUCAGCAUUCAUGGACCAUGAACCAAUGGAAGAGCAUGUGGCUUUCGGUGUGGGAAGACAAACAGAAAUAAGUGGUUUUGCACAAGACAAUCAACUGGUGCAAAAUGCAAACAAAUUGGCGAUUGGCUUGCUUGCUAAAAGAUCACUGACAGCAUUGGAACUGAAAAAGAAGCUGGAAGCAAAAAAAAUUCCUGCGGUUAUUGUCAAUCCAGUGGUAGCAAGUCUCCAGCAGAGAGGAUAUGUCAAUGAUGGCUUGUAUGCGGAAUCAUUUGCACGCUCUAGAUGGUCUUCCUUAAGUUGGGGACCCAUGCGGAUUAAGCAAGCAUUGCUAAAGAAGGGAGUGAGUGAAGCUGAUGCACAGAAAGCCUUAAAAACUGUUUUCCAGGAUACUGAACCUGAAUUUAAGGAUUCAAGAGUCGAUAUGUCGAAGCCUUCUCUCGAUCACCUAUUUGCUCAAGCUUUAAAGCAAUGGAUGCGAAGCCAGGAUGCCCCAAUACAGACACGCAAAUCGAGGAUCAUUCGGUGGCUCCAGUACCGUGGUUUUGACUGGGGCGUGAUUUCCCAUCUGCUGGCAAAGUUAGAAUCUAAGAAACAACCUCCAUAGACAACAACAAACAAACAGAUCAAAGGUGGCAUCUACGUUGAAGGCCAUAGAUAUAGAGGAUGUCGGUCAUGUAGUCCCUACUCAAGAUAAUGGUCCAAAGCAAAAAUCCAUGUAUGUAUUGCCUGAUGUGGAUAGGGUCUGGCUGUCUCUCUCCGUUCGUAGAAAGGCAGCAUUUAUGGCUAAAAGGAAUGAAGUCAAAGCGUUUGGAACAUGUGGGCGCAGCAAGAGAAGCAAGUGGGAUUGGUGGGUUCUGUGAUACAAGUGAAGUAAGUGUUUUUGUAUGGCUUUUACUGACAAUGGGAUGGGUGCAAAUGCAAUGCAUCAUAUCGAAGUGCAAAUAACAUAUCAGCCGUUGGGUGUUGGUUUGCCUGUCAGUUUCUUUUGUUUGUUUGAUUUGUGGUGGGGAGCAGCAGCAGCAGCAGCAAAAAUUCGUACUGCUGCACUUUCUUUCUUUUGAGCUGCCUCAUACCAGCAGUUGUAGAGUGUAGAGUCUAGACUCCCCACUUGGGCCUUCGAUCAAAUGAAAACCAUUUGAGGGCUGAGGUGACUUGCUGGAUUGGAAAGGAAAUUGCUAAUUGGAAGGGAUUUUGCAUCUCCUUUUUCAUCUUUUGGGGGAUUUUGUUAUGGUGUUGGAUGGUGAGAUUGACAAGACGACGUUUUUUGUCCUUUUGUUUUUGGCGUUUUCUCUUGGGGGAGGAAAGUUAGUGUGAGCAACUGAGCAUGGUCCUGGGCUUGCACGUGGUUUUUGUUUUGGAACUAACAAGGCAUUUACUUUUUUUUUUUUUUUUUUUUUAUGGGUUUGCAUGUAUUUGAAAUGAUAUUAUUCUCAGUCAUCUGAUUCAAGAAUUACAUGCAUCCUGGAAGUUACAUGUUUCAAAAUCUCAGUUUCCUUGGGAAUGAUAAUGGGAUGGUGCGAGGGCAAGUACCUCUAGCCAUACUCCCAAG